AUGGUCCCUACAGGAAAACUCAAUAGUUAUAAAAAAACUCUAGAGCAGCUCCCGCAGCUCCUGCUCUGGUCCGCCUCGGUCUGCGGCGGCCAUCAGACCCCUCAGCUUCGGCUCGAGGGGCCGGGAGCCGCGCGCUCGGCUCGGUCAGACCGACACCACCCUCCCUGCGCGGCCCGCAGCCGCCCGCGCCCGGCCCCGCCGCCGCCGCCGCAGCCCGGCCGCACCCCGCGCCCCGCUGCUGCCGCCGCCACGGGCUGCCUCGGAAACAGUAAGACCGAGGACCAGCACAACGAGGAGAAGGCACAGCACGAGGCCAACAAAAAGAUUGAGAAGCAGCUGCAGAAGGACAAGCAGGUCUACCGGGCCACGCACCGCCUGCUGCUGCUGCUGGGUGCUGGAGAAUCUGGUAAAAGCACCAUCGUGAAGCAAAUGAGGAUCCUGCAUGUUAAUGGGUUUAAUGGAGAGGGCGGCGAAGAGGACCCGCAGGCUGCAAGGAGCAACAGCGAUGGACAAUAUUACCCCUAGAUGAUGGCUUCAAUUUCUCAUCUUCCCGGCUAUGUCCUAUCACACUUUGCAUGCUGGAACUGCCCAUCUUAGGAACUUCUAAUAAGAAUACUAUUCUGUUG